CAGCUCCAGGGACACUCAGGAGUCUCUGACAUAGCUCCAGGGACACUCAGGUGUCUCUUCCAGGUUCCAGGGAUCCUCCAGUCCCCCACCAAACUCCCAAUGCCAUCCCUGAGGGACCAGAACGGGGGGGAUUCAUGGGGCUGAGGGGUGAAAAACGCACAAGAAAAUGGGAAAACGCGGCCCUGAGUCCCCUCUGCUCCUUCCUUACCUCCCUGCGGCCAGCGCUGGGUGUCUGUCCCGGCCCCACCGGCUCCGGCCCUUCAUGAAUUCUGCAGGAAUGUGCCGGCAUCACCUUUCAGACACAGCCCCGGGGAUUAAAUUCCCACCCCGCACCCCCUUCUCCCGCUGGGAGAGGGCUCUGGUCCCUUCACAGGUAUUCCUGGUGACGUGGGGCGAUUUGGGGAGCGUUCAAGAGGAUUUACCCCCAAAAUCCAAAAGCCUGGAGAGGAUUUCAAGGUAGUUCUUUGCUUAUAUUGGAAUAGACUGGAAAAAACUCUUGGAAAACGCAUUGAACCGAGCUGCCCGUUUAGAUCUUGCAAGCCAGCCCCACGGAAACCCAAAAUAUGACAGAAAUCUCCUUCAAGUUUCUUUAUUAUCUCCUUCUGAGAGAAAAAAGGAUUGCUUUGAGAAGACAGUGAAACUCUGACACCCCAUGAGUUGGGCUGUAGGGAUUUCCCAGAGAUUUUUCGGCGAACGAUGAGUUUUGGGGUGCUGUUGGUGGCCCCAAAGCCCAGUCCUGACUCAAGCAGCUGUUCCAGUCCCAAUCUCAGUUCAGACCCUGAUGACAUGUCCAGCUGGAUCCGAAUUUUCGUUCCCCGAGGUUCGGACCCCCAAACUCGCCCCAAUCCCGACCCCAACCCCAAUCCCCAUGUUGUGUGACGUCAUCAGCACCACCCACCAUAGCCCCGCCCCUCCUCGCUGGGGGCGGAGCGAACGCGGCAAUGCUCCGCCCCCUGGCCGUGCCCUCCGCUUGUCCCCGCCCCCAGCCCGCCUUUGGACCAAUAGCAGCGCCGCGUCUCCCCUGUCCCUCCCUCCGCCCCCCGGUUGAACCAAUAGCAGGCCGGCGUGGCGCUGGCCCCGCCCCCGAGCCGGCGGGGCUGUGAGGCCGGCGGAGGUUUUCCUGCGCCGCCAUCUUGGAUCGGCGGAGCGGAGCGCGGAGGGGGCGGCCCGGGACCCCCGCCAUGGCCGCCACCGCCGCCAGCGCGGAGAUGGCAUCCGACGUGUCCUCGCUGGGCGCCGCCGUGGGCUCCGGGAGCUCGGGGUCGGGAGCCCCGGCCGGAGGAGCCGCAGCUCAGAGGCCCAGCAAGAGACGGCCGGGGCUCGAUUUUGAUGAUGAUGGAGAAGGGAACAGUAAAUUCCUCAGAUGUGAUGAUGACCCGAUGCCAAACGAUAAAGAGAGAUUUGCCAGGUCUGAUGAUGAGCAGAGUUCAGCGGAUAAGGAGAGACUUGCCAGGGAGAACCACAGCGAGAUCGAGCGCAGGAGGAGGAACAAGAUGACAGCCUACAUCACGGAGCUGUCGGACAUGGUGCCCACGUGCAGCGCCCUGGCCCGCAAGCCGGACAAGCUGACCAUCCUGCGCAUGGCCGUGUCCCACAUGAAGUCCCUGCGUGGCACCGGCAACACCUCCACGGACGGCACCUACAAACCCUCCUUCCUCACCGACCAGGAGCUCAAACACCUGAUCCUGGAGGCAGCUGACGGCUUCCUGUUCAUCGUGUCGUGCGAGACGGGGCGCGUGGUGUACGUGUCGGACUCGGUGACGCCGGUGCUGAACCAGCCGCAGUCCGAGUGGUUCGGCAGCACCCUGUACGAGCAGGUGCACCCCGACGACGUGGGCAAGCUGCGGGAGCAGCUCUGCACCUCCGAGAACGCCCUGACAGAGGGAACCAAGCCCUGGUGCCUUUCCACCAAGGAUGCUGCAGCCCCCCCCGAGAGCGCACCCAAAGGUACCACCGGUGACACUCGUGUCCUGCCAGUUCCCAGUACGUUACCUGGUGCCACACCUGGCUUGCUGGAAGGACUCCCAGUGCUGCAGCAUCUCCUUUUUGUUUCUUUUGUUGUAGGUCGUAUCCUGGAUUUGAAGACGGGGACUGUGAAGAAGGAAGGGCAGCAGUCCAUGAGGAUGUGCAUGGGCUCCCGGAGAUCCUUCAUCUGCCGAAUGAGGUGUGGCAACAGCUCUGUGGAUCCGGUGGCUGUCAACCGCCUGAGCUUCAUGAGGAAUCGCUGCAGGAAUGGUUUAGGUGCAGCCAAGGAUGGAGAGCCUCACUACGUGGUGGUGCACUGCACGGGCUACAUCAAAGCCUGGCCCCCAGCAGGUGUUUCCCUGCCUGACGAUGACCCCGACGCUGGCCAGGGCAGCAAGUUCUGCCUGGUGGCCAUUGGCAGGCUCCAGGUGACCAGCUCCCCCAACUGCACAGACAUGAACAAUGUGUGCCAGCCCACAGAGUUCAUCUCCAGGCACAACACCGAGGGAAUCUUCACCUUCAUCGACCACCGCUGCGUGGCCACCGUGGGUUACCAGCCCCAGGAACUUCUGGGGAAGGACAUUGUGGAUUUCUGCCACCCAGAAGACCAGCAGCUCUUACGGGACAGCUUUCAGCAGGUGGUGAAGUUGAAAGGCCAGGUUCUGUCCGUCAUGUUCCGAUUCCGAUCCAAGAGCCGGGAGUGGCUGUGGAUGAGAACCAGCUCGUUCACCUUCCAGAACCCCUACUCGGACGAGAUCGAGUACAUCAUCUGCACCAACACCAACGUCAAGAACUCGAGCCAGGAGUCCCGGCCUGCCCUGGCAAACUCCAUGCCAAGGCCCCAGCUGGGGCAGAGCGUCAGCCUCCCCCUGGACAUGGGCACAGCCCCGCUGCCUUCAAGGCAGCAGCAGCCACCCCAGGCAGAGCUGGAAGUGGGCCCAGGAAGGGAGAGCUUGGCUGGGUACGAGCACUCACAGGUGCCCGUCCAGCCCGUGAGCGCUGCUGGCCCCGAGCACAGCAAGCCCCUGGAGAAGGCCGAGAGCCUGUUCAGCCAGGAGCGCGACCCUCGCUUCGGGGAGAUCUUCCCUGGCAUCAGCACAGACGAGAGCAAAGCCAUCCCUGCCAGCACCAUGCCAGCCAACCCGCCCCUCUUCGCCCAGGGAAACACCUUCACUGCUGCACGGCCCGCUGAGAACUUCAGGAGCAGCAGCAUGGUCCCUGCAGUGAACAUCAUCCAGCAGCAGCCCUCGCCCGCCGGCCGGAUCCUAUCCCAGAUUUCCCGGCACUCCACCCCAGCUCAGGUCAGCGGGACCUCCUGGGCUGCAGGGACACGGCCGGUGUUCACACCCCAGCAAGUGGCAUCCCAGACAGUGAAGACCCGAGCUCCCUCCUUCGGCAUGGGGACAUUCCAGGGCACGCCGUCCUCCUUCGGCUCCAUGGCAGCGCCGGGAUCCACGGCCUCUCCCACCACGGCGCCGUACCCGGCCCUGGCCAGCCGUGGCACAGGCUUCACAGGCGCCGAGGCCACACAGACCCCGGCCCCGUUCCAGCCCCGCGCCGCCGACGCCGUGGGGAUGUGGCCCCAGUGGCAGGGACAGCACCACGGCCCAGGAUCCGGGGAGCAGAACCUGCAGCAGCCCCAGCCCAGCCAGCCUGAGGUCUUCCCAGACAUGCUGACCAUGCUGGGCGACCAAGGGCCCAACUACAACAACGAGGAGUUCCCAGAGCUGAACAUAUUCCCUUCUUUUUCCGAGUAAAACGAGCCUUAGGGGAAGCAACAAAAGUUCUCUGCAGUAUCCACACGUCACGGAAAACAGCCGAGUCUCUUUCUCAAGGAACUGUCUGAACACUUCCCACCCUCUGGAAGCAGAGCUCCAAGGAGGGAUGGAGGAGGAGGAGGUUUGGGAUUGUUCUGGAAGCUUCAGGACUGGAGUGCCACGAGGCCCCAGAGCCGCUCCCAAGCGGAUUUCUUUGGGAGGAAUUCCUGUCUGGAUCACAGACAGCCCUUCCAAACUUUUAAGGUGGCUUUGACUGUUUUUGUUUCGUUCUCUGCCGUGACUUUUUUCUAUAAAACACAAACUAUUGGAAUUUUUAAGUACUGGAAGAAACCCUUCCAAGUGUUACCCCUGUAAACACAAUCCUGGAGGAUGCUUGAGUGAGAAUCCGUGUCCUGAGCCGGCGUUUUCCUCCUUUUUGGAGGAAUUCUGGCUGUUUGUGGAGGGUUGUUACAGCGUCUCCAGUCCAGGGUGCUCCAUGUGGAGAUUCCCAUGUUUGUUUGGAAUCUUCUCUCUCCUGUGAACUGUGCAAUGAAAUCAGUGUGACCCGUGACCCCCUGUUACCCCGGGAUAAUUAACAAGCCAUAAAAAUAUUACCCAUGUAGCUUUAUUCUGGAUGAAUCCGUUUUCCAGCUGAUGGUUUCUGUGCUGCCACAAAUUGAUGUUUCAACAGGUUUUUUUUUUGGGAUAAAACCUGCUCCACGCUGUCCAUGGAAUUUUAUCACGUGUAGAUGAGAUCCUUGUCCUUGUUUUGGAGCAGGAGGAUCCCUGGAUUUGAUCAGGGAAUUGCUGAGGAACUGUGUAUUUUCACUACCUUUGCUCACUCACCGUCUCCUUAAAGAAGAAUUCCUGCCAUGGGAUGAUCCUGUUGCCAAAUCACAAACUGUAAGAGGAGAGCUGGAAAAGUAGGGAACAGAAUGAAUUUUUAUAUAUAUAUAUAUAUAUAUCUAUAUAUAUAAAAUUUUUAAUUUUUAAACAUUGACUUGGAAUCUUCUGGCUUUUUCCAUGGAAAAAAAAAAAGAACUUGUGGCCAACCCUGCGCUCCUCAGGGGCUGGAAGAACCAUUUGAUUCCCUCUUGCUUCAAUUCCAACAGGAAAAUUGCAGAGCUGGACUUGGAAGGAAGCUUGGCACCACGGCAGCUGGGGAAGAAUCUCGAGUUUUCCUGGAGCCUGAUUUUGUUUUGAAUGGAAUGUGGGUGUUCCCCCUUUUCCCUGAAUGCUGGGGGGACUCUGGGACCCCCCCAGGCUGGUUGUGAGAGUUUUCCCUGCUGGUUGAGGGCAGGAAUGGGGAGGGCUGAUCCCCUUUCCAGGAGCUGAUUCCAGAGCUGUCAUUCCUGAGUAAUACCCACGUAGGAACCUCUGAAACCUCUGUGUCACCAACCCAGAGAAAUUCCUCUUGUCAGUGGAGCAGGAAGCUUUAUUCUUCCCUCUCUUUUUUCCCUCUGGAAAAUUAAGACUUGAAGGUUUUGUUUUCA